AAGAACAUUGAUCUUAAUUCUUGUAAUCGUUUAAACUGAGAAUGAAACUAGGAGUGGUCCUUCCGUUUUUGCACUGUAAAAUAGCUUCCCAGGUUUGGUCAAACCGCUAUAAAUGGUGGGGUGUGUACACAGCUGCAGCAAGUAAUGUGAGGGAAGCUUUUGACCAGCACGAGGGACUCAUGCUUGAUGGAAAAAUACAGAUAGGCUGGGAACCUAUACGAUCAUACAUGGAAUCAUCUCUGUUUCUUGUUUCUCAACAACGUGAGGAUCUUUCUCAGCAACUUGAAGGGCUGCCUUUAUUUAAUUUUAGCAACAAUUGGGUUGCCAUUGACACAGCAUUAUCUCCAAACUACGAAAAAGAGUUUUUAAGUCUUAGGAGCCACCAGUCUCCCCCUACGUCUACAGCCUGGAGUGGAGAAGUUGAAGAUGUCUCAUCACCUUCAAGCACUCAUCCUGCAAAGGGAAAAUCUAGUAGCCAUUCCCAUGUUCCUCUCAGUCUCAGCAGCCCUUGUUUCCUCUCAAAAGUGACGGAAGUGGAGGGAGGGCCCGAGAUUCAAGUCGUCAAUCAAACGGGUUUUUGAGUUAAAGAGCUGCUGGUUCGCAUCAAAGGUUUUUGAUUUAAGGAGCUCCUGCUCAUAAAUCAAAGUUCAAGUCUUGUUUUCUGUUGCAUGGAUGCUUCCAAGAGAGGAAACUAAAAUUUCCAAAGUUGAUUAAUUCAAUUCUGUCUUAAUUAACUUGUGUUUUCUAUAGCUUGAGAAAGACCAGAGCAGCUAUUCAGAUAUACAAGCAGAAAGAUUCUCUAACUCAAAUAGCAGAACCAAAAGGUUUUUGAUUUAAGGAGCUCCUGCUCAUAAAUCAAAGGUCAAGUCUUGUUUUCUGUUACAUGGAUGCUUCCAAGAGCGGAAACUAAAAUUUCCAAAGUUGAUUAAUUCAAUUCUGUCUUAAUUAACUUGUGUUUUCUAGCUUGAGAGAGACCAGAGCAGGUAAGUCAACAAGUCAAUGGUCUUCCAUUUGUUUUAAGUUGACUUGAGCGUGUUCCACACUCCUAGUUAUAUGUACUGUUGAAUUCUGAGAUCAAACUAUCUGGGCCAGCGUACCAUUCUGUUAA